AUGGUCCCCUCCCCAACCCCUGCUUCCAGGCCUCAGGCCAACACUGCUCCCCCAGCCACCCCAUCCACCUCACAUCCCCCAUCUCGGCAAUCAACCCGGAUAACAGCACCUGUCCGAAACGAUCCAAAUUUUGUCAGGCCUAGCAAUGAUUCUCCCAAGGCGCUGCCCCCUUCCUCAGCCGUCCAAACCACUUCCAAACAGAGUUGUAAACGACCUCACCGGCCAUCAUCCACAUCAGCUUCAACCUCAACACAUGCCACCCGCAAGCCCAAGAAGGCCAAGGUCACUCAAAAGCUCAAGAAACACAAAAGCAAGAGGUUGGUUGAAUCCAGCAAGGGAUCUGAGACUGAGUCAAGCACGGAUGAUGACAAGUCAUCUUCUCACUCAAACACUGAUAGGCAUGGGAACACGAGGAUGAUGGACUUCACUCAGGAUUCAGACGAUGCAAACCACCAAUUCAAGCUUCACAAAAAGAAGGCCAAAGCGAAGGAUGGAGAAUUUGAUGAUGUGGAGGAUUAUUUUCAUCCACCUGUGUUUGAAGAAGGCAACACUGGGUCACUGAACCUUUGUCUUACAAAUGUAAAUGGUGUGAUGUCCCUUAUCAAAAAGGUGUUGGAACUCGGUCAAACCUUGUCAAACAUCGAGAUGGCAAUGCAAACCGAGAACCGUGCUCCAGACAAGCCAGGGCAAUUGCAGCUGGCUGUAAGCUGCCAAUGA